AUGUCUGAAUAGGAUGAUUUAUUCGAUUUAGAGAAUUAAUACAAUUGCAAUUCAUAUGAAUUUGAUAUAGACUUUUAAGAAUCAGAAUAAAAACAACUAUAAAGGAUAAAAGAAUAGUGCAAUAUGAAAUUAUUGAAACGACAACUAGUUUGCUUGUUUGGUUUUCCAACCAUCUAAGUAGAUAGUUACCAAAUAUACACCUAUCUUAAUGGGAUCAUGGAUUUAAAUGAAAAUGAUUAGAAACGAAUGAUUAGAGUGUUAAUAAGCUUCAUUGGAGAAGUUACUUGCAUAGAAGAUCCUGAUACUAGGUUAUAAACGAUAAGAAGUCGAGUUGAAUAAUUCUUGACAAUAAAAGGAAUUAAAAUAGAAUGGAAUAAUAAGGAAUGGGAAUAAGAGAUUGAAUCACUUUUUGAAUCCAGAUAUUGUAAUCCUUAUUAUAGUAAAAUUCCUUAUACUUAGUUUUAAUAUACUAAUUUCUUUGCUUUGUUAGAAAGUCCUAUGCCUAUGGUUUUGAGGAGUUUAAAACAUCCAUGCUUUUGUUAAGUUUAUGAAGCAAAAUCUACAGAUGAUUUUAAAUAAUUAUGUAACAUCACUGAUUUUAAAAACGUAAGAAGGAUAAGAAAAUACAUUUAAUCAAUAAUAGAUAAAUUAGAAGAAUUCAGAAAUUUACUUAAUGUAAUUGAAUCUCGUGAUUAUAAUCAUUAUAAUGAUGCGAUUAAUAGUUUUAAUCAACUCUCUGGAGAACUUGAUAAAAUUAUAAAUAUCGAUUUAUAGUUAAGUGAUAAAUAUACCUUGAAAUAAGAAGGAAAACCUAAAUUCCAUAAUGAUGCAGAUAAUUAAACAGAAAAAAACUCAAUUACUUUAAUAGAAACCAAAACUUCAGCUAACACCUUUACCACCAUCAAUUAAAAUAGUUUAGAUUGUAAAACAAAAAGAUAAAAGAAAAAAUAAAAACUUCUGGAAAAAUGUUAUUUCCCAUCUACUUUUUUAAAUUACAUUGAUUCAGAAACAAAUCUUAGUUAAGAAAACAGCUAAAAUUCUGAACUAAAAAUUGAGGAUUAACUUUCUUAAUUAAAUAAUUUUGAAGAUAUUACUGAAUUUUUAAAAUAUUUAAAUAUUGAAUGCAAAACCAUUGAAGAUGUUUAAAAAAAAAUUUUAAUUUAUGAAAAACAAAUAUAUAAUUUAGAAUAAAUAGGUUUUCCAUGUCCUUAAUUAGAUUAAACUCGAUUAAAAUAUAUUUUAUACAAUUUUAGUGAAUUCUAUACAAACAAAAAAACAUUCAUAGAAUAGAUUGUUUGCAGCAUUUGGGAAUCGUUAGUGAUAAAAAACAAUGAUAUCAAUUAUAUAGAUUGUGUGAGAAAAUAAGCUUUAUAAUAAUUUUAAUCUAUUAAUUUUACUGUUGAUAAGGAAUAAUUUGAAGAUAUUUUAAAUAAUUGUUAUGAAAAAUAAGCAUCUAUGCCUUCUAAUAAAAAUUUAGAAAUUACAUAUUUUUCUCUAGAUUAAUUAUCUAAAAUAUUAAAUCGAUCAUUUCCUGAAUCCUUCACACUGAAAAAUUGUUUGGCAAGCAAAUCAGUAUUUAAAGCGAAAAGUAUUUUACCUUUGUAGCAGUAGUUUAAUAUUUAAGAGAUUAAAAAUAUCAGAUUCAUUAGGAUAUAUAUCAAAGAUGUAUACUAAAGCCUUGAAAAAUUAGUGCAGUUCAAAAACAAGUUAAUAAAGAUAAAGAAUAACAAAAAUCAUGAUUAAUUGUAUAUUAGAGAAUUCAAUAAACUUGAAUAGAUUCAUCAAAAAGAAGUUGUAAACAGAAAACUAAGAUAAGAAUAUCAAAAAAUAGAAAAAUCAGAUAAGGUUGACCAGUUUAUUUUAAUUGAUGAAAAAGAAUAAUCAGAUUAAUUAGAUCUUUAUUUUGAUUGUAAUAAUAAGAAGAAUUAAGAUGUGAUAGAAAUUGAAGAUGAUAUUGUUUUUUUAAAUGAAAAACCAGCAAAAUAAGAACAAGACGAAAUUAAAGAUGAUUUAAAAUGUUAGAAGAAGAAAAGUGAGAUAAAUUUAAAAUUAGAAGCUCCAACUGGUGUAGAAUAGACAGAAUAAUAAUAUUAAUAAUAAUAAUAAUUUUUAUGUGAAGACAUGAUUUCUCCUGUUUAAAGAAAUUAUUUUCAUGAAUAUCAAUCACCUAAUAUUUUUAAUUCUCCAUGUUUUAAUUAUUGUUCACCAUAAGCAUAAUAAUAAAUAUUUUUUGGUCAUUCUGAGUUUAAUUAACAAGAGAUUGAAUCACCUGAUCGAUAAAUAUUAUAAUUUCAAUCUCCUCACAACUUCAAUUGA